AUGAAGCGCCGAAUUACCUUUAUCCAGCGUCCAGAGUCACCCUUUGUACCGGAGCAGGUCUCCAUUAGUCCCGCCGCCGUAUCAGUACACGGGCUGGAUGCCGCGCGCGAGGAUCGCAUAACAUUAAGCUUGGACGAUCUCCCUGACGAGCUUCGAGCCGUUCUUGAAGAGUCUCACGAGCUUCGUCUUCGCUGGGCGACCGAGCGUCCUUUUGAUGCCAUUGCGCCCUUUGCGAGCAGGAUCUCGCCCGGGCUGCAUGUGCAUUAUACACCACAGGCGAGGAAUCAGGCAUCUGAGGGACUAUGCUCACUGUUACGGACGGUCUUUGGCAACCGUGAAGAUGGACAAGCUGUAGUAAACUGCACAACGGCCGAGGACACCUUCAUCACGACACCGCUCGUUUCCACUCGAUUUGCGACUUCGGCCUCCUUGCAAUACUACACCCGGUUAUCGAGUCUACGAUCUUUUGUUGCAUAUAUAAGGCGGACGGCAUGUCACCAACAGCAGGCUGGCGGGACUGAGUGCCAUACGCGUGCGGACAGCUUGCUCAAUGCUGAUACAGUCGAUGUGGAUUAUGACAGCAUCUCUCAUGCGCUGACUAUCUCUGGUAUCUGGGCUCAGCCUCCAGCCGAGGGUUGGGCGGAAGAAGUGCCAAAGUCCAUUUCUAGUAAUGAUAAAGUCGAGUUCGGUGUGUUGAGCACAGACAAGGGCAUCGAGCCGUCGGAGAUACAAGUGGGAGGAUUGCUGGCGGUUGUUGGGGAGGAUAAAAAGAUGAAGCCGACUAUGUUCUCAUUCCCCUCGCGACAUCACCGUCUCCCGUCAGACGCCAGUUACUCUGUCUCUUUCUCUAAGCCCACCGGCCUUCAUCCCACCAUGUCCAUCACUAUGCAGCCACCCUCUCUCCAACGACCACCCGCCCCUGAAGAUGCAACCUGUGCCCUGCACACAUUCCUCACACUCCCAUCGUCGGUCUUUGGAGACCAGUACCAACUCGGCACCAAAGACCCGCUCUUCCUGCAGUCGCAUAAUCUUGCUGCACUUCGCGCGCACGCGGGUGAAAUGGACCUUGAAGCUCCCCACUGGGCCGUACAAAGCUGGGGCUCCACCUGGCUAUUUGAACUUGCCACGCCCACCGCGAACGAUGGUGCAGACACGUUGGGGAACCGGACCGCCACGAUCCCCCUACAUCUACGUUACCUACCCUCCUCGGAGACAGGGUACAGAACAACACAGGUGCCUUGGCCAGUUGUAUUCUGGGCCUGCACGGCCGAGGACGGUACCAAGAUGGGGGUGAACCCUUUUGAUCGUACGAAUCUCGGCUGGGACGGGCUAUUUGGGCCACGGACGAUGUUCUACCAAUUGCAUCCGGAAUCAGGUCGACUUGUCGAAGAGAUCGAGGUGCCUGUGUUGAAACUCAGAAAUGGUGAGGGACUGUUUACGGCUCAGAUGAUUGAGUUGGGGACGUCUCUUGUGAUUCUCCUCGGGUUCUUGUGGGUGCUUUGGCGGGUGAUUCAGGUUGGAUUCAUGAGGCCCCGGCCAAAUUCUACGAGGGACGGACGUGAGAAGAAAGAGUAG